UAUUCUGCGGCCGGAAGCGGAAGCGUGGCGAUGCGUCGAUCGGCUGUGUUUCGGUGAUGAUGGCGGAUAGUAACGAUCAGUAUGAGUCGGUUCUGUGCGUGAAGUCAGAGGUUCAUGUUUACCGGAUCCCGCCGAGAAGCUCCAACCGCGGAUACCGGGCGGCGGACUGGAAGCUGGAGGAGCCGGCGUGGAGCGGACGCAUGAAGAUCACCGCCAAAGGAAAGAUAGCCUUCAUUAAACUAGAGGACAGAAACACUGGAGAGCUCUUCGCUCAGGCUCCGGUGGAUCAGUACCCAGGGAUCGUGGUGGAGGCCGUGACCGACUCCAGCAGAUACUUCGUCAUCAGGAUCGAAGACGGAAACGGACGCCACGCCUUCAUCGGAAUCGGUUUCGCAGACCGAGGAGAUUCCUUCGAUUUCAACGUGGCCCUACAGGAUCAUUUUAAGUGGGUCAAACAGGAAAGUGAACUGGCCAGACAGGAAGCGGCUCAGGUUUCUGAACCAAAGCUGGACCUGGGCUUCAAAGAGGGUCAGACCAUCAAGAUCAACAUUGGGAACAUGAAGAAGAAGGACUCGGGCGGCGCAGGAGGGAAGUCGCGAGCGAUGGGCGGGGCUUUGCUUCCUCCUCCACCCGGGGUCAAGUCCUCUGCUCUUGUUCCUCCGCCCACAGCACAGCAGACCACGCCCACAGCACAUACCACGCCCACUGACCCGCCCAGCUCAGGGAUGCUACUGGACUUCGGAGACUCCGCCCACUCUGUGGCCCCGCCCUCUCAGGACCAGUGGGGUGAUUUCACGGCUGCAGGCUCCGGGUCAGCGCCGGACUCGCGGUCAGGAUGGGUGCAGUUCUAGCGUCCAAUAAGGGAAGCCGUGACUCACGAACGCCGUCUUCUAUGCAAUCCUGCGCCGCUGCAUUCCAGCUGGUGUUGAGCUUCAAACACAUUUCUCAUCAGAUGACCGUCGACAGUAUCGUCUCUCGUUUACCUUUAAAGCUGAAGCGCCCGAAGCCCCGCCCCGACGGCUGGCCCCGCCCCCCACAGGAGGCAGAAGUGAACGGAAUCCAACAACAGAGAGUUCUAGCGUUUACAGGAAGUUGAUGAAGAGACUUCCUCACAGUGACUCGCGCACGCUUCAGCUUUAAAGCUCUCGGUGUCGGUUUAGUGCUUUAAUGUUUAGGAAUCGGCUCUCGGUAAGAUUUCUUUCGUGUCUUUUAACGUUCCUCGUGUGUUUUAUCCGCGUCUGACUGGAUUGGAAGAGUUUGUUUUACGUGUUUGUAAGCAGAUGAUUUUUCACACUAUAUAUUUUUAACUAACCCCAGACUUUAUUUUUCCAGGUGAUUACAGAUUUAUUCUUGAUAUUGUGAUUAAAGUCUGAGUCUUUCCUUCAAGUGCCUUUAUGAAACACCUGUAGAAUGUACAAAUGAUGGUUUAAAUAUAUAUAGAUAUAUAUGAAUAAACCUUUUCCUUGUA